AUGCAAGAAUCACUAGAAGGAGCAGAGUAUACUCUUGUUGCAAGAAAACCCAGUUUUGGACUCCCUACUGGUUGUCCAAUUUGCUUGCCUGUUUACACGUACCUCAAAUUAGCUAACUUACCUUUUCAUUUGGCUUUCAAUAACACUUUCCCUGAUUCAGAUCAAAUUCCUUACAUUGAAUCAGGCACUUAUGUGGCCUACAAUGACGAGAAUGGUGGGGUUAUUGAACGUUUAAAGGAAGAUGGUAUUGUUGAUUUGGAUGCUGAUUUCUGCUCCCUCCCAGAAUGGAUAUCUAUGAAAGCAAUGGUUAGCACCUGGCUUGCAGAUGCAGUCAUGUAUGAACUCUGGGUGGGAUCUGAUGGAUCCUCUGCCCGUGCAGUUUAUUACUCUGAUCUCCCAUGGUUAAUAGGAAAGGCUCUAUUCAUGAAACAAGUGUACAUUGUUAAGCAGCGAUUUGGGAUAACGAAGGAAAAUGCUGAACGAAAGGAAGCAGAGAUUUACAAGAGAGCGAAAAUUGCAUAUGGAGCUUUGUCAACCACAUUAGGGGAUCAAACAUUUCUUUUUGAAAGGCCAUCUAGUUUGGAUUCAUAUCUCCUUGGGCAUGUGCUUUUCAUUCUUCAAGCAUUACCUGAAUCAUCAGUGCUGCGAAGUGCACUCUUGGAGCAUGGUAAUCUCAUGCGAUAUGCUGAAAAACUUAAGCCAGACUUCUUGGAGGCUGGAUCAUCUUCUUCUGUCCCACAAUUCCAUUCAGAGGCUUCAUCAACUUCGACAAGACGUCCUUCAAAUUCAAGUUCAAAGACUAAGACGCAACCUAAGAGGGAAAAGACAGAAGAGGAGAAAACUUUUAGAAGAAGGGCAAAAUACUUUUUAGUAACGCAGGUAGUUGCUGUUUUAGUUUUUCUCUCUGUCAUGGGCGGUUAUGAUUUUUCCGAGGUGGAGGUUGAUGAUGAUGAAGGCUUCGGUUAUGACUGA